AUGGACGAACGAGCGCCGAACGAGCAACUGCGUCGAUGGCCAGAACGAGACGACGAGCGCCAAUCGGAAGAUUUAUCGGCUCAUGAAGACUCCCUAAACACCAGGGACGGAUCGAAGGAUACUGGCAAAGUCUUGAACGAAAAAGCCAAUGAGGAUCUUUUGAAUGCCGCAAGAAAUGGAGAAUCAAAGGGUGUCGAAAGCGCUCUUCGAGAAGGGGCAGAUAUCGAGUCCAGGAGUGGGAUCGGUGAAACUGCGCUGCACUUGGCUUCAAGAUGUGGCCAUUAUGAUGUGGUAAAAUAUCUUCUCGAUAAAGGAGCCAAUGUUCAAAUCAAAGACCAUGACGGAUGGACGCCGUUAUACGGGGCGGUUUUUGGCAACUACGAAAAUAUUGCUAGGCUUCUUAUUGGAUCUGGAUCUGAUGUUGAUUCAUCCACUAACUACGGGGCGAGGUCCCUUAUGAUGGCAAGUGAAGACGGGCUGGGCCAAUUAAGAUGGGAGGGCAUUGCAGAAGAACUUAUCAAAAAAGGGGCAAAUUCUAUUGCCACGCAAGAUGACCAGCAAACGCCUCUUCACAAGGCCAGUGAUAAGGGAUAUCCUGGUGUGGUAAGACAGCUUCUGAAGCAUGAGGAUCCCAUGGUGGAUGCAAUCGACCGAGACGGUUGGACAGCCCUUCAUUAUGCAAGCAGAAACGGAGAUAGGGAAACCGUUGGCCUUCUCCUGGGGAAAGGGGCGGACUACAAAUUGAAAGUGCCUGGCACCGAACAAAGCGUGUUAGCUUUAGCAGUUUCCGCCCUUUCUACUGCUUGGGCCGAAAACAGGACUCCGAUCGAGAAUGAGGCUUUGGAAAAGAAUGAGGACAAAGCCGAAACUUUUGACUCCGCCGAAAAAGCAGUAAGCCUGAACGCAAUUAAAACAACCAUAGUUGAGAAACAACUCGUUCUCAGGCAACUUGAGAUACAGCAAGAUGACAAGGUGAAAGAACUUGACCGGCUGGUAAAUCUGAUGGACAUGACAGAGUCUGAGAAAGAGGAUACCAAGCUUAUCUGGUACGCGGCAAGACAAGAAUAUCAUGCUAGAGAUGAAGAAUCCGGGUUCAGGGCCACGAUCAAUAUGUUGAAAGAUCCCCCUCCAGUCGCGGGCAUGGCGGAUUCAUACAAACUCGACUCAGGACCGUCUUUGGGGCUCUCAGAUCCUUUGGUCAACAACCCUGAAGCCACUAUGGUUGACUUUUACCAACGUGAUGGACGUGUGGAUUUUCUCCGACGGUCGUACCCUCUUCGGGAAAUGAACAAGCCUGCUUCUGGGUCGAAAGAAGGUGAUAAUUCUGGUCCUACUAAAUCUCAAAAUCACCCCUCUCUUUCGGCACUCGGUAAGACAGGCUCAUCUGGAAAUGUAGAUUUCCCUAAUUUGAAAGAAGAAAGUGGCCGUGAUUACAGUGGACGUCUUUCUCAACUCUUGUUCAGGAAGUCUCGGCGCUCUUCGGAAACUAUUGUUUGA